AUGCCCUGCAGCUCCCACCCUGUCUGUCCGUGCUGCAGGGCUGAUGGCUCCGUGGGACAGACGGGAUUCAUCGUGGGACAGACGGGAUCCACCGUGGGACAGACGGGAUCCAUCGUGGGACAGACGGGAUCCAUCGGCACCUCCCGGCAGCACAGCCCCGCUCACACCGACGCUGUCACCUCUGUGGCUGCUCUCAAACCAGACCUGUGUGUGUCAGGGGGCAGGGAUAAGAGUGUGGCUGUGUGCAGCUGGAGAUCCGGGGCUGCCCUGCGGCGCUUCGUCGGCCACGAGCGGGAGGUGACCAAGGUCACCUCUGCCCUUGACUCCAGCAGAGUCUUCAGUGCAUCCCGGGACAAGACAGUGAUGAUGUGGGAGCUUCACGGGGCGUCGGGGCCAAGCCAGCACUUCCCAGGACAUGAGCUGGUUGUGACUGGGCUGGCUGUGAGCCCAGAUGCCUCCCAGCUGUGCACGGGCUCACGAGACAACACCGUGUGCAAGUGGGACACAGAGACUGGGGAGUGUCUGGCCAGGGCCACCAUCUCCAGGAAUCUGGUCACACACCUGUGCUGGGUUCCUGGGGAGCCUUAUGUCAUCCAGACCUCGGAGGAUAAAACAACCAGGGUCUGGGACAGCCGGGAGCUGCAGGUGGCACACACGUUCCCAGCCAAGCAGCACAUCCAGACGUGCUGUGAUGUGAGCCAGGACGGGCGGUACUGCCUCUGCAGCAGCCAGGGGGGAGAGGCCACCCUGUGGGACCUGCGGCAGACCCGGGGCCGGGUGUGUGAGUACAGGGGGCAUUUCCAGACCACCACCUCGUGUGUUUUCCUCCCCCGGGGCCCAGCCCUCGCCCCCAGCGUCGCCACAUCCUCCAGCGACAGCACAGUGAAGGUCUGGCACCGGGACACGGCAGGUAGGGGGGCCUCCUGCCCAUCCUCGGUGCUCUGGGAGAACAAAACUGCUUCCUUGUGUCUGUCUCCCGGUGGUGAUGGGCGGGAUGAAGCCUGAAAUCUCUGGAAUUUACUCCAUUCCAGCUGCAGGGCAGGGUGGAGACAUCUCCCAGAGCAAACCCAGGGGCUUCUGCUU